AAUAAAAUGUAUCUUUUUUGAAAGGUUUUUACAAACCUUGGUAUUAAUUAUAGCAAAAUACAAUAAAAUUUUACCCGUUUAUUCAAUUCAAUGUUUUUGUAUGGCAAUAUUAAGCAUACGCGCGGCAAACGCCACUCGAUUCAAAAUUGUGAAACAUUACACUCUAAUAUAAAUCUUACCUGUUUGUAUUUAAAGUUUAAAUUCAAAUAAAGCAGCAUGUUAAUAUAACGGACGUUGUUGCGGCCGUGUACUACGGGGCCUACCGCGAACGCCUUGGUUUGCAAAUAUUGCGAGCACCUUUCUAUGUCACUCUAGUUACACCAUGAUUGGAGUAAAAGAGAAAGUUGCCCGCAAUUUGCGUACUUCGGGGUUCGCGGUAGGCCCCUCAGUACUCGCGUGAACUUUAUGAAUAUGUGUGUGCAUUUUUCCAAUAUAAACCUUAAUUAUUACGUUUAAGGUUUUUAUUCAAAUGAAUAACUCGAUACAAGACCGAGUUGCUUUGAAGCUCAUUCGCGCGGACUCUCUAUAGCAAACUUUAUGAGUGUGUGUGUGAGUUUUCGUAUCCGUGUAGUGUCUUAUGAAUGAAUAGUCAAGUUUAGGCUUAACUAGCUUGACUUUGCGCGCCCGCUCGUGAAGCUUUAGUAAAUCGUGUUAUCAAUUCCAAGGUAAUGUAAAUACGUAGUGUUUUCAAUGUGGAUAUAUUUUUAAUUUUAAUGAUGAUUUAUAAGUUUGGUAUAUGUAGCAAUAAAUUUUAGGCAAGCCGGUGGGAAUCGAGUUGUAUGGAGGCGCCGCCCCUGGUAGGUACAUAUUUCUUUUUACUUAAAAAUUUUAUACAGGGUGAACUUUUAACCACCAGUCAUACUCUGCGCAGCGACUUUAUAGGUCAUACUUAACAACUUUUACUAUGGGACCAAUUCCGAAAUCGCGAAAAAAAUUUUGACUGUCCCAUAUAAAGGUGCGACCAACUUUACCAGACCAACACUUUUCCAAACUGAGCUACAGCUGUCCGAUGAAGUUAAGUACUUAGGACUAACUCUCGACAAUAAACUCAAUUGGAACAACCACAUCAACAAACGGAUAGACAAGGCGGGAGUUGUCUUCUGGCAGUGCAGAAGGAUGAUUGGUAAGAGGUGGGGACUCAACCCGAAAAUUACCCUCUGGCUCUAUAAGACGAUAAUCCGCCCCUUACUCUGUUACGGUGCUCUGGUUUGGUGGCCAAGAACAAACCUAGGCAACGUACGAGACAAACUACAGAGACUUCAAAGGCUCGCAUGCGCGGCCACCACUGGCUGCACGAGGUCUACCCCGACUGCAGCCAUGGAGGUCAUGCUAAACCUUCCACCGCUGCACCUACACAUACAGCAAGAGGCCUAGAGACCAAGAGUCUCUCAGCGGUAAGGUUGCGAACCCUCAAGAUAUGGUCUAACAUCACAGGAGCUCUUCACACAAAAUGCCUGGAAAAGGUGUAUGACGAAUUUCCAGUGCUUAGGUCAGGCACGGACCGGAUUCACAAACAAGCUAUCUUCGAUAAAAGGUACAAAAUACAGUUAUAUGAGGACGACAAUCAUGAAGGACUCAAUCCCCGGGAGCUGAGAAUCUUCACUGAUGGGUCCAAAACAGACAGCGGAUCGGGCUCUGGAACCUUCUCAGAAGACCUGAACAUGUCGAUCACCACUCCGCUAGGAGCCCAUAACUCGGUAUUCCAAGCUGAGUGCAUGGGCAUCAUAAACGCGGCGGCUGCCAUCACUGCAAGGAAGGUAGUAGGAUCCUCCAUCCGCAUACUCUCCGACAGUAGAGCAGUCUUAAUGGCUCUAAAUAGCCAUAUAGUUACAUCCAAACUUAUACACGAAUGCCACGAACGACUAAUGGAGGUAUGUCAUAAUAACAAGAUCACCCUACAAUGGAUCAAGGGACACAGUGGAUCCCGAGGUAACGAUGCUGCGGACGAGCUUGCCAGGCAAGGAUCGAAUGCGGGGGCGAUUGGUCCGGAACCGAUUCUUCCGAUACCAUUUAGCAAGGUACGCUCAAUGCUGCUGGCACGUACAGGGAAACUACACACAGAACACUGGCUGAACCAGACUGGAUGCAGACAGGCAAAAGAAGCCAUGCCUGGCAUCAACGGAAAACUCACAAGGGCGCUCCUGCAACUAGGGAAGGUCCGACUGAGUAUGGUAACCAGUGUCAUAACAGGUCAUGGACUAUUUAACAAACAUCUUUUCACAACAGGUGUCACAGACAGUCCCCUGUGCCGAGGUUGCAUGGAGACAGAAGAAAUAGCCUCUCACGUGGUGCUGGAAUGCAGCGGAGUGACUCCAUACAGGGCUAAACAUCUCGGAUCUCCGAGAGACCUCCCCGAGGUCCUACUCAACAUCAAAGGUUUGAUAGGAUUCCUCGAGGAGCUGGGCUGGCAGGACUAGCCCACCCCCAACAUAUCACGCAAAAUAGGCGCAAGUCGUCGAGUUGCGGAAAAAUCGCCCGAAUACAAUACAAUACAAUACAAUACAAUACAAUACAAGGUGCGACCAGACCGCAGCUUAAAAAACGGUCACGAUACGGAAUCGCAGUGACGCGUCGUAUGCGUACCGUUUUUGACGCAUGCUCCCCACACCGCUGUUUAAAAAACGGUGACGGUACGGAAUCGCAGUGACGUGCUUCACGCGAAUCUUUUUUGUUCGCAAAACAGUUGCGUCUUUUACGUCACCGGUACGGUGUCUGCCAUAUUAAGAUCUCCGUGUAAUAUUUUUUGCGAUUUUUACGCAGUUCAAUUUACGGUGCGUCAGCUUAUUUUAAGCAGCGGUGUGGCGAGCAUGCGUCAUGGACCCGGGUACGUCCUUAAACUACGUCCAAAAGAGAGGCAUGGGCAUUGUGAAUGUCAUCUCGCUUUGUGUGGUAGGGCACAGCCAGUGGGUGUCAUUCCAGAUCCAAAUUUUCUUGCGUGAUUCGGCAUUGGUCCCAUAAUAAAAGUUGUUCAGUAUGACCUGUAAAGUCACUGCGCAGAGUAUGGCUGGUGGUUAAAAUUUCAUCUUAUACCUAUAUUCGACACAAGUAGUAAGUACUUACAGACCAACUAUGAUACACAUUUUGCCUGUAUAGUGAUACAUAGUGAAUAAAUUAAUACCUGAUUUAAAAAAUAAAACAAAAAUAACAAAUAGCAUGUUAUUUAAUUCAGUAAUCACUAAUCAGUCUUAAACAAUGAACAUCAUACUUUUAAAUUAGACAACAAAAUGUAUAUUUAUACUGUGUUUCGACUUGAAAGAUUUUACUGCUUUAAAACAUAAGACAAACCUACCAACCAAAUGUAUAAAAAAAAAUGUUUUUUGUGAUUAUUAUUUUCCUAUAGGUUUCACGUAAAUGUUUGUAAAAAGGAAAUAAUCUCCAUAAUAUAAGCUAUUAGUUGACACCUCGAUGAAUACAAUCGGUUAAGUGGUUUUCGAGAUACACCGCCAAAAAGAAUAGGUCCGGACGCCAUCUUUGUGACGUCAUUACUAUCCCCUCCCACCAUUUUUCCGCUUUACUACCGCAUGUACGGUGAUCAGGAGAAACGCCCGAACACAUUGAUACCGGUUGUGGGUAAGGCCGAGCUGAGUCAAUUAAAUCUGGCUUCGGAGCGGCUUGGGGACUACUAAUAGUAAAAGUUGUUCAGUAUGACCUAUAAGGUCGCUGCGCAGAGUAUGACUGGUGGUUAAAAGUUCACCCUGUAUAAAAUUUUUAAGUAAAAAGAAAUAUGUACCUACCUAUGAUUAAGACGAAAAAAGAGACUAAACGUCGAAGUAAGGUAACAUUAUUGUGUCUGGUUUUUAUAAUUGUCAUUAUAAUUUCAGUAAUUAAAACCGAUACUCUAUAAAUUCCAUUCAAUACGUAUCGUAACAGUCACCACAGUUUCGACCGGUAAAAGCCAGUUAUCGUUACCCAUGCGCAAAUAAAUGAGUGUAGCUUCAUUGUUUAUCACUCGAUCUGUAUGUUUUAAGGCUCAUUAUAUUCCUUGAUAAUGAAGCAAUAUGUUUUAUAUGAAACAAAAUUUGCGAAAUGCUAAUAUUUACGGAGAUUUUUACAAAAUAAAAAAUAAUAAUUUUAUAAAAAAACUGUUUUUUGUGAUUAUUUUUUUUCCUAUAGGUUUCACGUAAAUGUUUGUAGAAAAGGAAAUAAUCCCCAUAAUAUAAGCUAUUAUUUGACACCUCGAUGAUUAAAAUCGGUUAAGUGGUUUUCGAGAUACACCGCCAAAAAGAAUAGG